UAAUUUGUCGUGGGUGAUUUUGUUGUUUGUCGAUUUGUGUAAAUAUGCCUGGUCCUAGACAAAGAUUGAGGUUGUUAUCCUUAUCUCCGACUCCUUUGCCUAAUACGCCCUCGAGGCAACCCAAAAGGGAGACUCAUAGGAUUGUACUGUUGGGUGCUGCCAAAGUCGGAAAGUCUUCAAUAGUGUCACAAUUUCUAUAUGACAAAACUCCGGCAAGGUACAAGGAAACGGUAGAAGAAAUGCACAGGGGCGAAUAUUCCCUUCCCCACGGCGACACGUUAACCCUGGACAUCCUGGACACGUCCGGUGCGAUGCAAUUCCCGGCAAUGAGAAGACUCAGCAUCGCCCAAGCCGGUGCCUUCAUGCUGGUUUACUCUCUGGACAACGAGCAAAGCUGGUGCGAAGUCCGGGAACUCAGAGACCAGAUAAUAGAUGUCCGAGGAACCACGAGUGCCCCAAUAGUCGUCGUCGCCAACAAAUGCGACCUUUUGGGCAACAGUAGGGUUACUAUCAAUGAUAAUCGUGAUAAAUGUGAAAAAAUUGACCAGAAGAGGAAAACUAUUGAUCGGGAAAAAUUGGAGGAGAUCGAGAGGGUUGUCAAGGAUGAUUGGAGUUGUGGUUAUGCUGAGUGUUCGGCCAAGACGGGGGAAGGAGUUGUUGGGGCUUUUAAGGAAUUAUUACUUCAGGCAAAAGUGAGUUACAAUUUAAGUCCUGCAGUAAGAAGACGCCGACAGAGUUUGCCUGCUUAUAUGACGGAGCGCAGGGAAUCCGUGGCGCCUCAAGGGGGCCCCAAACACAAGAGGCACUCUUGUACGGUUGCUUAA